AUGAAAUCUGCUACAAAUUUGAGUGAACCGUUAAUUUUUCCACAUACAGAAAUAGCCUUUGAGAAAUCUGAUUAAAAAGCACCGCCAGCUUACUUAUUUUGGACGUGCGUAUUGGCUGGAGUCUUAUUUGGUGUAUACAACUUUCUAUUUGGAGUUAUCAGUUACCUCUAUAUUCAGGGAACUUAUCUAUUUUGCUUAGGUGGAAUUUCAAUAGCAGUCAUCUACUAAUCUUACUCAAUUUUUGCUUAGCAUAGAAGAGAUGGCAGAUUAUGGGCUAUAGAAAAAUCAAACUUUUUUAAAUGCCAUUAAAUCCAUGAAAAUCAAUUUACAUUAAAUUGUGCUAACAUUAGAGGAUGUGUUUUUCUUGCAUUAGUCAUUCAAACUACAUUGACACUAAAGCUAUAUACAUUUAGGUACGCCCUAGAAAUUUAGCUUAAUCAAGGCAUCGUAUCGUCACUUUUUGCUCUAAGUACAGUUACUACUAGCAUAAUAUUCUACUUUGCAUUUAAGUAGAAAAUUACUCCAGUGCAAAUUUUGGGAAUUUGCUUUAUUUUAUUAUUUGUUAUCUUGAUUUCAAUGUCAAAGCCCUCUUAAAAAUAUGAUAAUGAUGGUGUUAAACAAAUUGGAUCAGAGCAUAUUAUGAUUGUAGUGCUUUUAGGAGUAUUUGUGGCUUUGCUAUUCACCUCAAAAGCUUUUAUAUCCAAGAUCUAUCAUGAAAGACACAAUUACUAGGCUAUUAACCUUUGUAUCGAUGCAAUUUUCUUACAGAGUUUGAUUCUAUUGCCAUUUUUUAUCAAUUAUUAAGUGACAGUGGGCUACAAGCCUUUUGAAUUGGUAUAUGGUUUUGCAGGAAGUACAUUAUGCAUUAUUGGAAAUAUCUUGCUAUAUAAUGGAGUUAGCAAGGGAAUAGGUGGACCAAAGGUUGCUCUUUCUCAUAUAUAAGGUUUUAUACACACUUCUCUCUCAUUAUUAAUUCAGGGCAUGGUGCCAAACUUUUUGUAGAUUGCUGGAAUGAGUUGUGCUAUAAUUGGAGUAAUAAUCAUAACUAUGGGUCAAGAUUUGAUUAAGCUUUGCUCCAAAAAAUGA